AGGACUAGUGCGCAUCAAGUGGAUCUGGAGCUGACACCAGAUGAGCAUGCAGACGCAGAAGGAUGACAAGACCUCAACACAACGAGCAGGAUGAUUUCUCAGCACGAUUAUGGAUGUAACACGCUGCUUUGAUUACUUCAAGUUAUUAGCACGGACUUUUCUCAUCGCUUCACUGUUUGUGAUACAUGGUAAGUGGCUGUUUGUCUCACGUGGCUUUGAGUGGAGUUUUAGCUGUUAGUGGUGGGAAUUUCGGCUGUUUUUCGUGAAUCGGACCAUUCGACUUUGAUCCUUAACGACUCUUCAAUUAACGAAACUUAUGGAUUUCAUAUUGGCCUCAAAUUUUGACACCGAUUCAACACACGAGUUAUAUAUUUACAGACAAAUCCCUUGAAUUAAUUAAAGUAUAAUAAAAUCUUUCAAACCAAGGAAUAGCAGUGUUGUCUGGUUUGAUCUAAAGUCAAAGCAUCAAGACUUGAACAUUUGUAUUGAUCAUUUUCUUUGUAUAGAAGUGUUGGGACUGGGCAGAUGUAGCUUGAGGUAGAGGACUGAGAAAGGUCAGAUGUAUGAUUUCUACUUUCUGCAGCUUAGUGUACUUUUCUUUGGCUGACACACGUAACCCCAAAUACUAUAUGAAGAAUUAGACUGAAUUUGUUCUUAAACAAUGAUUUAGCUUUAGCAGUUUAGGCAAUUUGGCACCUGUUUGCCAGCAUUUGUCAUCAGUGAGCUUAUGUGUGAUUAUUGGUGAAUGUGAAGAAUGAGAUAAGACAAGAUCAGACAAGGUAGCUACCUUUUACUUUUUGAUACACACUGAGCAAUAGAUGGCUAUUAGAUGUCUAGUUUUUCUUUUAGACCUAUUUUCAACCAUCUAGAUUCUGUAUAUUUUUAGAUGGAUUUUAGAUGUUGCACUUUAACCCAUUAUUGGAUAACUAUUUAUUUCAAAAAGCAAAUGUGAGUUGCAUAACUGAUCUCCAAGUAAUUAACCAAAAUAAUUUUGAUAGCUGUUGAGCAAUAUACAUUGUUGGCCUCUGUUUGCCGGCUAGUCUAAACUUGAUCUCAAUUUUUUGACCCGUGGUAGCCUGACUGUAGACCAGUCAUCUAGGCUACAUUUAGACCACUUUAGACCAAAAAAUGCUCAGUGGAUAAUUGGUUAUUGCACAGUAAAAUUGCUGUAGGUUUUCUAAACACACAAAAUGUGGCACAAUAACAUUACCAAGUAAAGAUUGUGGUCAUUUGCAGGUCAUUUUGAGUGGUCAGAGGAUACGGAGAGCUCAGAUGAAAUUGAGUUUUUUUCUAUUUAUGUAAUAUAAAAGUUUCAGUAGUCAUGGCACCUAAUUUUACAAUUUGUCUACACAUAUCCAACAUACACUGAAAAGUAUCAUCCUAUUAUUCUGCGUUGUAUUUAUAUUGUGACUGAAACAGUGGUAUCUGUUAUUGUUGACCUAAAUCAGUGUUUAGAUUCUUUAUGAUUUUGAAAGUCAGCUAAUAAUCAGUUAUCCGGAUUCAUUUUUGUAUCUCAUGUUAGAUCAACCGACUGAAUUGAUCUACAGUUUUCUUGCAGAGGUUUCCGUAAACCUUGGAGAUUAGCUGAGUAGUUUACAAAUGGAUACUUGCCUGCAUGUUGUGAAUUUGAGUCAAGUAAUUGGCCUGCAUUUUAGCCAGUCCAUGCUUGGAAUAUCAAUUAAGACUAUGAGGUGACAUCAUUGCCUAUAGUGAUGUUAACUCAUUUUCUUUGGACUGACUGAUGGCAGAAAGAGAUCAACAAUGAGGAGGGGGCGGACUAGUGACCCAUGUGGAGGAUGUGAAGAUUAGGGGGGAGGAGAGGAUGAGUGAUUGAACAAACAGGGGGAGGCUCUAUAUGGCUAUGUAACCCUAAAAACAGUCACAGAUAACAAGUCUUGUUAUCGCCACUGAAACAAACAGACAGAUACACCAACAGCAAGCAUCAGUCCAGAGGAGAUGUCAGGUGCCCCACAUGUGCCAUUGGAGGACCUCCAGAUAGGAACAGACAAAGACUCUUGGGAGUGAUUAGCAUAUGAAAAAGGCCUUACAUGCUGUGGGAGGGGAUGUGUGGUUGGCUGGAGAUGUGUCUCAAAUAGGCAGCAGGAUCAGAAUCCUCUGAAAUCUGCCUCAAGGCGAGACCGAAGGACCACCUGUUAUGGUUUCUUGAAAAGACACAGCAAUGGUCAUAUAUUUUCUUUCGAUUAGAACAUUUGUAUGAUGUGCAGACACAUUUGCUGAGAACUGCUGCGACGUGUCCCUCUAGUCUGGUCUGAAUCUAUGAACUGCUGCUGUGAUGUCUAAUGAAGGCAUGUGGUCAGAGCACCACAACUGACUCCCAUGAUCUCUAUCACACCCCCAGACCCCCAAGUCCAAGUCUAGACAUGUAUAAGCUGCUUCAGCCCACUGUCUGUGAAUUCUGGCUGACCUCCACCAAUGACAAAAGAUGAGUGCCUGAGUUUUUGAAGAUGAAGCAGCAAGAGUAAUUGCACUCCUCUACAUCCCUAUAGUCUGCACUUAUCCUGAUUGCGCUCUUUAGACUUGGUUACUCUGCGUGUAUUAUCUGUGAGAAAUAUUAUUUGAAUACAUCUCCUCAGUUUUAGUGUCAUUUGUGGCUCCUGACAUGAAUGACACCCAGUGAUUAUGUAGACUCAUCACGCAAAACACAUUUUCUGUGUCCAUCCAGUUGCUGCGUUUUGCCUUCAAGGCUUUUAGAGAAGUGGUGCUGUCUGAUUACCUCCUCGAAACAAUCACACUUGUUCUUGCUGAUUUUAGUGUCCUUUUGUGGCAUCACAUCUCUCUGUGCCCGUAUGCAUAUCUCGUGGAUUCCAAGGAUUAUUGCUGCUCAGAUGGUCCCGUUUGUUGUUUUUGAAUGUUUUCCAGCCUGUGUAAAGAAGAUAUCUCCUCAGAGGUAUGAUUUACAAUUUGAAAGUCAGAAAAUAUAACGGGAAAAUAAAUGCAGUUUCCGUUUUGAGGUUCCCAAGAAGAAGGUUUUUAUUUUAUUUUCUAGUCAAAGUGCUGCAAUAAAACAGGUUGACAUGGCAAACUAGUCGAUGCUUCUCUUUAUAUCAUAAUGUUUCAAAAGACCAGCAAACUCUGUCUUAAAACUGAUGUGAGAGGAAUUCUAUUUAUGUAUUUCAUCACCGUGUUGCCUUCCCUCUCUGUCAGAUCUGCAUCAAUCUUUCCUUGUGUUCUUGUGGUUUUCACCCCACCCCUCUUAUGGUUUCUUCUAAAUAUUGGGAUUUUGGAUUCUGUACCAGUAAGCCUUUUGUCAUUUCUGUUUGAGUUUUUUGUGAAUAAAUCACGAUGGUGUCUGCACCUGCAUCCUCCCGCUUUGAUUAACUGUGAUACAAGAUGCCAAAGUAGUUACUGUCAGAUAAAAUAGUUUCAUCCAAAGUCAAAAGUGUCACACAUUGUGGAUAACUGCUGUUGAAACUGUGAAGAAUGGCUCUGUCUUCAGCAAUUUGUGCAACGUUAUCCAGUCUGGACCCCAGUGAGGACUGGGAUUAAUAAACAAAACUGGUUUUAGAAAAGAAAAAGUGUACAGUAUAUAUUGUCAUCAGUGGAGUCACACAAAGACUGAAGAACAGUGGGGCUGGAGAAGGAUUUCGUUGGGUAAUAUGCAUUGAGAAAAUAAUAUGUAACCAUAAUUAAAUUAAGCAUUUCUUGGAAUACUACUUUUAAUCUACAACCACAUAGUUUUAGACAGGCUCGGUGGGCACUUUUAAAACAAAGAUAAUUGCCUUAAUCAUGUUUAUUUAACUGCAUAAAGGACAAAGUUGUGGUUGCAAUCAAGAUUUUUUUGUGCAGCCUUGAAAUUUUGAACAAAUAAAAAAUACAGAAUAUUUGUUGUAUAAAUCUUCGAUGAUUUCGGUAUCUUUAACAGUAUAAAGAUGAAAUACCAAAGUGUAGUGUCGUGUUGAAACACCCUGAUACAGAUUCAUUGAUAAAAACACUCAUACUGUGAAUGUUUUUUUUUUAGUUGGAGAAACUAAUUAAGAGGUUUAAGGGUUUUAAGAGGAAAAGAUGAAAGCUAAAUCUGUCCUGAAAUGCAGAAAUUCAUCACAAGUUGAGAAAUCCGCUGCCAUUUUUGUAGAAAAUGCGAUCCUACUGCGAUUGUGCAAAAGUACAAUGUUUUUACAACUUAAAGUUUUGAUAAUUACUUUUUCUUUGUAAUCAACAUCAAAUUGAUCAAACUAGCUAAAACAGACAUCUGAACACAUAAAGAACACAUCAUUACUGUCAUACAUGAAGAAGUUAUUAGCACUUCUUGUAGGCUCCAAUCUUGAUCCUCUACUUAGUAUGUGAAGCACACACUCAUUUUAAUGAGACAUAAAGCCAGAGCAGUGAUUGUGUAGCAUUAAUGCCCUGCUGAUCAAAACACACCAUGAAGUGUUUAAGAAGUUAAUGCCUCAAAUCUUCAGUCGGAUGCUGUCACCAUGGAAAUAGUUCGAGUGCUGAGAGUAAACACUGGAAUUGGUUACCACGGCAGCCGGCCAUGACGCCUCAAGAGGCCCUCAAAUUUCAAGCCCUUGUGCUUGACAGUGUUUUUAUCUGAGAUAAAUAGAUUGUAGGCAGCUUCAAAUAAAGACAAUCAAAAUAAAAAAAGCAAUUGAGAAUGUCUGGUAAAUUCAUUUGAAUUGCUGUAAAUUUAGGUAUUGAUAAUUCAAACAAUUAUUGAUACCUUGUUGGUUAAUGAUCAGUAAAAAGCAUUGUUUUUUUUUUAUCAGGGAGAAUGAAAAUGCCACUUUUAUUCAACCUACUGUAAACAAAGACUUUAUGUGACCUCUUCUUAGGUGUGUGUCCUGAGACGCUGCCUCCAGCAGUGGGCCUGUGCUCUCCAAACCCGUGCCAGAACAGGGCGAUCUGCAGACUGCGCGGGGACGGCUACUCGUGCUUCUGUGUGCCUGGCUUUCAGGGUGCUCACUGUCAGAUCGAUGUGAACGAGUGUGUUUCACAGCCCUGCAGAAACGGAGCUACCUGUGUGGACAAAGUGGGCAAAUUUUCUUGUCGGUGUCCUCAGGGGUUCACUGGUGAGUACCGAGAACACAUGCCAGGUCUUCAAAUCAUACACAUGGUUGAAAAACAUCCCAUCAGGUCAUUGUGCGUUGAUGCUCAUAGCCUAUAAAUGUCAGUCAUUACUGUUUAAAGUGACAUAUCUCAAAAACUGCUGCUGCCGUCAACUUUUGUAGACCAAUUUCUUGUGAGCCCUGCCUACUUUUUUCUGACUUUUUUCAAGAAGUUAACAGCUGUGGGUUGUUGCAAAAUUAGGGAUGUUUUAAAGUGUCUCAAUUCAUAGUUGCUUUAACCAAAAUUUAAACUCUUAUUCACGACAAACAAAUGUUAUUGUGGUCCAACAAUUCAAAAUGUGUUAAACUGACUGGUAAUUCUGUAGCCAAGAUGCUAACUCAAUACUGUGGCCUCUUGUAGCAUGGCAUAGUUUGGCACAUUCUUGAUAUACAAAAUGUAAUUAAACUGUGUUCAGGGUGUGUGAUGCUAAUUUAGCUGGAGGGAUGCAUAACAAACAGACAUGUAGACAUUAAUGAGCAGGGAGGGCUGCUAUAAGUUGCUUCAGAACAUCCUUACUUGUAAACGCUUGUAAAGAUGUGAUAUAAAUGAAUAAUAAAAAAUAGAUGCCCAGUAUCCACUAUCCUGAACACGGGCACAGAAAUUCAGUGUCAAGAAAUAACCAAUCUGGUUGCUGUUUACCUUUUUACUGUUUUGCUGUAAAGACCAUAAAAACAGGGUUAUUGUAAGAUUAAAGUCUUUUCACACUGCCUUUAGCUCCAAGUCACAUAAAGUUACUCACAGCUCACUGCAGGACAGACCUUCGUCUACAUUUUCCACUGCAAAAAUGUACAGUAAGGAAUACAUUUGGCAAUUAGAAAAAAGCAAAACACUACAAACAUAUAAACAGAACAAGUCCAGCAAAGAGUUAAGACAAAAGUUCCUCACAUGAGCUUUAAGUGCCCCCUCCAAAGAGCAGCAGACUCUUGUUUUUAUGUGAGAGUACAUUAGGACUUGUGAUUAUUUUAAAGUGAUCUGAAGUGGUAAAGAAUUGCAAACACCUGCAGGAGCCUCUCGGUGAAAUAAAAGCAGUCCACAGCCGGUUCACAUAAAAGCUCUGUUCAUUUUUGCCCCCUGCCCUCGGUCUGUGGAGCUUGCUCCCUCGCCCUCUGACAUCUGCCCUGCUUUGAUGUCCACAGGGCCCACUUGUGAGCUGGAGAUUGAUGAGUGUCAAUCACAGCCAUGCCUCAACGGUGGCAGUUGCCAUGACCACAUCGGUGGCUUUACUUGCACCUGCGUGUCCGGUUUCCAAGGACAACAGUGUGAGAUUAACAUUGAUGAGUGCCAAGAGCAGCCAUGCCAGAAUGGGGCUCUGUGUAUAGAUGGGGUGAAUGAGUAAGUAGUCUAGCUUCUUCUUAUGGAAAUGAGAAAUUUAAACUCUUGCCAGGUUUAAAAAAGCAAAACUGAUGUGUAAUUAAUGACACAGAUUCGUUUGACAUUUUAUUUGAACUGGUACAGGGUUACUGACACUCAUUUGUCUCAGUUUCAGCUGUGACUGCUCUCACAUUGCCUUCACCGGCAGAUACUGUGAGACACCACUUCCACCGUGCCACUCUGCACCCUGCCUCAACAGUGCCAUCUGUGAGGAGAACCAGAGUAACUACACCUGUAACUGCCAGCCAGGUACAUGAAGCAGAUCUUGAUACUCAUCAUACUGUGUGUGUGAAUCUGUUUAUAUGCAUGCAAACACAUGAAAGUUAAAGGAAUAUAAAAUUGCAGCAAAAAGACAAGAUCCUGACCAGAUAAUCUGAAAUAUCCUGUCAGAGAAAUAUAUUUAUGUCCUCAUUUCAGGGUUCAAUGGACGCCAGUGUCAAAUCGACAUCAGUGAGUGUGAUAGCCACCCCUGCAUGAACGGAGGCCGCUGCAUUGAGAAGUCGUGGCUGACCUUGUACGGCAGUGAGCCUCUGCUGCCUGACAGCUAUGACCCACAGAACGCUGCAGGCUUCCUCUGUAGCUGUCCUCUAGGAACAACAGGUAGCACACCUAAUCUGAGGGAUUGCACAGAUUAUAGUGAGCACAACAUAAGGGUGAACAGGUUACUUUUGAUGGGAGUGAUUUGCUAAAACUUCAUAUGAUAAGAUUCAGUGCUCUCUGUAUAUUACAUACGUGUAGUUUUUUAAAACUCAGUCAUUAACUUCUUUUUGGGCAAAGUUAAGGCUUACUAAGUCCAACCACAUAAGACGGUAUUAAAUGUUGUGUUUCUUUUUGAUUUUAAAGCUCCCGUGAGGAGCUUUUGACAUUAAUGAAACAGCCUGAAAUUCAUUUUGUUGCUUUUCUAUAAUACUCAAAAACAGACAGAGACCAUCAGUGAUAGUGCUGAAUAUUUUUUUAUUUUGAUUUUGAAUGCUUAAAACUGGUGUGAGGGGGCAGGUGUCAGACAAGCAGAUAAAGAAACAGUCGUGUUUUAGAAUUUCCAAAUACUGCAUUAAUAAUAAAUGAUACAUUUGACUGAGAAAAGUCAGGAGGAUGACAUUUUUUCAGACAACAUUAUUAAAGCAGGUAGAAGACAAGAUAAGCAAUGACUGAUUUGUCCACAGGGGGCACCAAAUUGGACAAAAACUGAAAAAGCUUUGAUAAAAUCAGCUUCAAGAUUGGACACUCAGGUGUUAAAUCAUUAUACAAAUAGGCUUUAAUAUACUGACAUUCAUUACUAGAGGAAGACGGAAUAAAAGGUGGCACACAGAUGAACACUGUGAUGUGUUGCUCUUUAAUGCCUUGCUCAGGGGCACCUGUGCAGAUUAUAGUGAAUACACCCUUUACUACUGAGCAGAUUUGGCAUUUUUAGAUUUUGGCGCCUCCGAGUGGAUGAAUCAGGUUUUUCUUUCCAGAGAUAUAAAAGAUGCUGUAAGCACAGAAGCACAUGUAUUAUCUUUAAUUUGAGCCUUACUGUAAAGCUGUUUUCAUCUCGCCACUGUCAUGGAUGUGUAAUGCCUUUGUGAGAGGACUGCUGGAACCAUCCAUUACCUCUAAUAAGCACUUAGGUGAAGGAAAUGUGGUCUACAGGUAAUAUAAAUGAUAAUACUCUGCCUUACAACAAUCACAGUAUACCGUCGGUGCAUUGACGUCCAGAGAAACUUUGUGAUUUUAUGAGUUUGUUACAUAAAAAUCAUUAUUUUCUGUUGCAAAAGUAGCAGACACCACUUUUCCUGCUUACACAAGACUUGAUCUAGCCGUGAAGGUAAGACCGUGAGCUGCUGCCUGCUGAGAGUUGUGUUCUAAAAACUGACUCUCUGCCAGUCGCAGUGGCAAUGACUCAGUAAGGUGGCCAAAUAGCAUUAGUCUAAUCCCCGGGAUCUGGCUUUGCCGGCCUCCUGACUGGAGCCACUCAACCCCUACGUGGUUGUAGAGGAGAAGAAGACGAGGAGCAGAGCGGCAGUUGGAUGGCCUGUACAAACAUCAAAUAAUAUGGUGCAGUUAGACAAGUUUAGGGCUAACCUGGGGGAAAACCUGACGGCAUGAUGUGGACACCUGCUCCAUGGAUUUGGGGGAUUUUGUUGCUUGUAACAGGUAACAUUAGAAUUGUGUAGCUUGGUACUUAGUAUGAGUGUGACACAUUCGAUUCCUCUGUUUCUUCUGAAUAACAUAAAACUAAUGAGUUAAUGGCUGUUAUAUGUGAAGCCAUAAUACACCAACUGUUCUGUGAUUCCUGCACUGCUCCGUGUCCUUUGUUGUUAUUCCAUAUAAGAAGGUCUGUACUAACUUUAAAUGCAGAUUGCCAUUUUAACAUUUCAUUAUUUCAUUGACUCACAACUGUUGGGUAUGAUGGUACGUGCAUGAUGUAGAAAGUGAAAUACUGUCAUCAAUGUAGAUCAGGCAGUUGUGGAAGGCUUGAUUUGCAUGGCACUGGAGUGUUUUCACAUUGAUUUCACACGAUAUGCCAUUAGGGAUUUAAAUGUGCAGUAAACAUGAAACCCAAAGGAGCAGACAUUUUAAGAUGCAAGAACAAUUUCGUGUUUUGCUUCAUUCUCAUCAUUGCAUCACCUGUGUGCAUGUUACACUGAAAUAAAUGAGGUUGAGGUUGGUCCAUUGGUCGUGGUGAGAGUGAUUUCCCCUUAAGUAGGCAGAGUUAUGAAAAACCAGGCCUCAGAGAACACGCCUCUCACAGUGUUUCUACAGGAGCAGGACUUCUUCUUUGGUGCCGUUUCUUCAGGGUUUUGGGAAAAAUACAAACGCUGCUAAGUAACUCAAUGAUAUUCUUGUCCUAGGUUCCCUCUGCGAGGAGCUGAUCAACCAUUGUGAAUCCAGUCCCUGUCAGAAUGGGGGCAGGUGUGAGAGCCACCCUGGGGGCUACAUUUGCCACUGCCUCACCCAGCGUCAUGACGGCUCCCUGUAUGGAGGCCUGACCUGUGGCAUGAAGCUCGUUGGCUGUGAAGGACAUGAGUGUCAAAACCAAGGCUCCUGCUCUCCCUUCUUUUUGGACGGGACUCACGGAUACACUUGCUCCUGCUCCCCUGGGUACACUGGACCACUUUGUAAGACCCCCACCACCUUCUCCUUUGAACGCAAAGGCUACCUACUGCUGCAGAGCCCACUGGUGGAUGCGGAGGUGUCGUGCAACAUCACCCUCAGCUUUAAGACUGUUCUACCCAGAGCUGUGUUGUUCCAGAGGAACAGCAGGGGACUCCUGCUGAGGCUGGAGCUGGAUGAAGGGCAGCUCAGGCUCGCACUGAGAAAGGAGGCCUCCAUAGAGGGCCCGAUCCAGGUCCUGGAGCUUCCUCACAACGUCACAGAUGGAGAGUGGCAUUCUGUAGAGGCUGUGCUCACAAACUGGGUGCUUUCUCUGAAACUCUUGGACGAGUCAGGGAGCUGUGGGAGCCGGUCGUGCCACAAGCAGGCCCCAGUCCAAAGCACCGUGGCCGGCCUGGCAUCGCCUCCUCAGAACACUUUCAUUGGAGGAGUGCUUCAGGACUCAGAUGGCCCCAGUGAGGACGCCCCGCUCCCGGCAUUCAUUGGCUGCAUGCGUGAUGUGUUUGUGGACUGGCAGCUGGUUGUCCCUGAGGAGUGGCUGAGUGACUCUGCUGUUAAUGUGUCCCCGGGCUGCAGCCACAGGGACCGCUGCCUGGAUGUGCCUUGCCAAAACAAAGGAGAGUGUGUCAACCUGUGGCAGAGCUACCAGUGCCGAUGUCCAAGGCCUUAUGAGGGCCAGGACUGUGAGGAGGGUAGGGAAAUGAUAAACUUCCACAGGGACUAUCAGAAUUAAGAAGGCAGCAACACUGUAAAAAAUGAGAUGACAGAUUUUUCGAAUCAGAUUCGAUGAGGUAUUCAAACUUAAAGGGCAAGAGAACAUUUCCAAUUUGUAGUCACCAAAAUCAAACAUGAGACUAACCACAGUCUUAAAGCUUUACAAUAACCUGAUUUAAUAAGAUUCGAGGUAAGAGCACUUCUAAUCAAUUUUUUUAAUCAGGCGAACUGGAAACAUUCCCUGUGCCCAUGUGUAAAAGAAGAUAAAGGGGGGAGGGGUUAAGGUGAGGCCAAUCAAAAGUCACAGAGAUCCUCUUAUCUGACGCGCUGGAUUAAGGAUGUUAGAGAAUCUAUUUUGGAUAUACACAGCAGAUACAGAGAGGUGAAGGAGCUUUAUCAGACUAUUUGAUACCGAGAAAAUUCAUCAGAAUCAAAAUGAAAAGUGAAAAAAGAGAAAAGUUUGUAAUUUUCCCUCCAGUGUCUCCUUGGAGUGUUGUACAGUUUUGUUUUUAGACAGAAGAUUUCGAUAACCUCUACUAAAGCAGAUUACUGAUCAGUGUCUGAUGGCGCCACAUGUUUAGUCACAUGCGCUCUAAUACACACACCUUUACACUUGAACUUCGACACAUGGACACACUGAAGAUUUCUUAUCCACAGUGGAAAGUGCUGAUGCAGACCAAACAGAGCAUGAGGGCUGAUGGCUGCUUAGAUUUCAUCUUCCUGUGCUUCCUCUGCAGAAACUGCUCAGCUCUAUUGGCCUCCAGUUUGUGAGUUUUGCAGAAAAGAAAACCCAAAUUCGCUUCUCUUUAAACAAGAAAUAACCUUCACUGCUCAGUACAGAUGGAAAAAUCCCAGAUUUGUAACAAGAACAAUAGUAUUUAAAAAGAAGUCUAGGAGAUUAAGAGGUGUUUGCUCUUUUGUACUUUUCUUUGUUUUUGACACAAAAACAGGCCUGCAAAUGUUUCUUUGCUCCACCUCACAGAUUUACCGUACGCUGGAUUAUUUUAUUCACAUGGAAAACUUUUAGAAGUAGAGUCAACCACUUUUUUAUGCUGCUCUGCCAGAGAGAUUUCAAAAGUUUUCUUGUCUUAGUCAUUCAUUUUGUCCUUUUUUUUUGCAGAACAUGUGACUGCACGCUUUGGAAACGAGGACUCUCAAAGCUACGCCACAUUCACUGUCACUGAUGACCUCAGUCACAACCUCUCAGUCUCCCUCUUCGUGCGCACAAGGAGACACAACGGACUCCUCCUGGCGCUCGCCAACAGCAGCAGUCAGUACCUUCAUGUGUGGCUGGAGGACGGCAGGGUCACCGUUCAACUUUACAACUUUGAGAGCCUGAAGGCGGAGGGUGCGAUCAAUGACGGGGAAGUCCACUUUGUGAGGGUGGAGAUGGAGAGGGACCGUAUUACUCUGUACGUAGCAGAUAAGAAACAGGGGGCAGUAGAAGGCAGGACUGUCGAGGUAAAAGCAGGAGAUACUGUGUAUGUAGGGGGUCUGCUGGAGAGCAGGACCACCUCGGUGUUUGGUGGAUACUUCAAAGGCUGCAUCCAGGACCUGAGGAUCAGCGGCAGGAGGCUGCAGUUCUUUGGGUUGGACACAUCAGUACAAUCUUUUCCUUUGAAGCUCAUGGGAAAUGUGACCUCAGGAUGCUCAGGAGACAACGCCUGUAGUGUGAGUAAAACAAUACUCACGGUAUUUUCAUUUAUGUAGAACAUUUAGAGUAGAUCUUACUUACAGCCAUUCAACACAUCACAUUGUAAAGUUUAUUUCUUAUUCAUUUAAAGGAAAAUGAAAGUGAAAGUAAACUUUUGCACCUUUUUCAUCCACAGAGGAACCCCUGUCUAAACGGAGGCUUGUGCUACUCCAUGUGGGAUGACUUCAGCUGCACCUGCCCACUCAGGACAGCAGGGCGGCGCUGUGAGGAGGUCAGGUGGUGUGAGCUGUCUCCUUGCCCCAUGGAUGCAGAGUGCAGGAUGCUGAACCAGGGAUAUGAGUGUAAGUGGUAUCCAAGAUUUUACAGGUCAGGUCUUUGUCUUCGUUUCAGGUUCCUCCACAUCAGUGAGUCAAAAACAAAAGUUCCUUACAGGAGCUUUAAGUCUUGGGCUGACAAAAACUUUUGGUCAGAUCUUUAAAAAAAGAUCUUGCAUCUGAAUAUCUCUCUAUUUUUGCUUUUUGGUUGCUGUAAUUUACUUCUCUUGAGGAAAUUAUUUACUUGUAUUCAAUUAACAAAAACGCUCAUCCUGCAACAAUACAAUAUUGAAAAGAAUAUCACAAAGUCUCUACUCAACAUAAUUUCUGACCUGCAUAAACCCCUUAAACCAAGGCAUGGCACUUUAACUAUUACCUUCUAUUAUUUCUGCAUUACCCAACCCUUGACCUUGUUUGUGUACAAGACUUAACUGGCCACCAUGUAACCGAGUGAUACAACAUGCUUGAUCAUUUACUGGCCUUAAUCCUCCCACACAGUAUACUGUGUGUGCUCCGUAAAGCGGGAUUGGCGUGUGGCCAGCUUAUCCUUUUUUUUUUUUUUUUUUGCUGGGAUUAGCGCUGAUUUGCGGUGUUGCCCGUCUGUCCUGUAAGCCACCCCAUGUCCAGUGAUUAACUCUUUAAGGAUAGUUGCUCCUCACAGUUAAGGACCUCGAUCAAUCUGUUAAAAAGACUGAAAGGUUACCAAAGGACUAAAGGCCACAUUUGUGUAACCCCUGCUGUGUUGAGGCUAUUUCAAUUUCAAAUAAGCGCUCCAGCUCAAUCCCUCGUCACGUUAAAAGUCAGAGUUAAGUGUCAUUUUUCUCUCUUUUAUCUCCUAGGCUACUCCAAUGCAACGUUCCUGAAUGAAAGCACUGUGUUGACAUUUCAGGGAAAUGGUCAAAUAGCCAGAAAUCUGACCAACCUCUCUCUAAACCUGCGCACACGGAGGCGUAACGUUGCCGUCCUUCACGCAGAGAAAGACUCAGCGUUCCUCACCCUCUCUGUCCAGGAUGGUCUCCUUUUCAUGGAGCUACAGAGCACAGAUGGAGAUAAGAGAGAAGAAGAAGAGGAAGGAGGAGAGUCAGGUGUGUCUACAGUCAGUUUGAGCAGCAGGAGGACUGUGAGUGACGGAGAGUGGCACAGCGUCCAGCUGUUCAUGGCUGCGCCUUGGGCUCAAACCUCCCGCUGGACUCUGGUGCUGGAUGAAGAAAUUGAAGAAGCAAGCACCUCCAAGAGAAAAGGAGGCAACCUUGACUUCCUCAGGGAGGGUGUGGACAUCUUCUUAGGUGGCCUGGCUCCUGAUGCCGGCUGGUCUCUAGUUGGGUGUCUUGGCACAGUAGAGCUUGGCGGCAUCGCUCUGCCGUACUUCAGCUCCUCUGAUGUGAACCUCCCACGCCUCCAGGAGGAGCAGUUCAUCCAGACAUCACCGAAUCCGGUGCUUCUUGGGUGUAGCGGUGCUCCUUUAUGUGAGUCUAAACCCUGUCUGAACGGAGGGGAGUGCCAGGACCUCUUCAACACCUACAACUGCAGCUGUGCUGAGGGCUGGGCCGGACGACGCUGCGAAUUCUACACCAACACCUGCGCCUCGAGUCCCUGCAUUCACGGCAACUGCAGCGUGAGCGGACUAAGCUAUGAGUGCACCUGUGAGGUCGGGUAUGCGGGUGUGCACUGUGAGGAGGAGGUGGAUAUGUGUGAGAAUCACCUGUGUGCUCAUGGAGGAACCUGUCUGCACGGGCCGGACCGGUAUGCCUGCCUCUGCCCUGAGAACUACACAGGACCCCUCUGCAAGUAAGACUCGUGGAUAGAAAGGAAAGUAGGGUUAGGAUUAGGGUUAGACGAAGAUUUGCAAAAUGUAGAGUGGUCCCUUUCCUGUGUAAGAGGAGUGUUGGAAAAUACAUCCUGAAAUUACAUUUUUAUGGAUAAACACACGAAAAGCAUCCUCAUCUUUUGGCAUUUGAUGGUGGGAGUGGGACACUUUACCAGUAAGGACAGUUUUAAACCUAAUGUGGUGAGGACGUCUUCCAAAAUAGGUUUAUGAUUCCACAGCUGAGGGUUCGGAUUUCUAAGGACUGCCUCCCAUACUACUCUUAGAGAAUUUAGAUACUCGUUCUAUUGUGAUUGACAGACCAGCAGCAAAAGAUCAAAUUUUCUCAUCUAACUAUUUCACCCUCUUAAGAUUAGUGGAACGAUUUCAGGAGCUUAGUUAGUGACAAAAUACAAAAUACGCAAAUAAAUGCUCCAAAUUGCACAAACAAGGUGCCUCCCCACAACACAAAAAAACAAAACCCUUCACUUUAAAUGUCUCCACAUCUCUGCCUCUGUUCAGCAUUUCAACCUCGCCUGCAGCGAGCGCCUCAGAUGCUGCAUUUCUAUUCUAGUGUCAGCCAGAAAAGGCCUCAGUCUGCUGUUGUGUCUCACUACACACGGCUCUCUGGUUCAGCGCCAGUUUCUUUCCUCUGUCAUCUACCGUUUGCCUGGGAGAACCAGCAGGGGAACGCCUCCAACCAUUUAUCCUGUAAACACACAGCCUCUUGCAUUUUGCCUCUUUUUGCACAAGGAAAAGCCUUUUGCAAGUGUCUCGCUAAGACAAGUUGCACAUCUCCCUUUAGUGGGAGCAUCUAAGCUGCAAAGUUUUCAUCAAAAUGACUUCUUUUUGUUUGUGUCUCUUGUUUGUGUGUCUCUUCCUACCCUCCUCUACCCAUCUUUCUUUUUCGCUCCUCUCCAGCGAUCGCAUUGAAGAAAUUCCGUGGUACAUUGUUGUCAGAAGUGUGUAAGUUGUUUUUUUUUUCUAUUUCUCUAGGUGUUUGCUAUUUGUUUCCUGUUAGAUAUCUGUCUCUCAAAUGUCAUGUACCAUGUCUCCUGUUUUUGUAUUCAACUGCAUGUGACAAAAUGCCAAGCAAAGCUAAUAUUACCGCUCCCUGUGACUUUGCUCGUUUUAAAGAGAGAUACAAAUUGUUUCAGAUGAGUGACAGCUGUAGUUCAAAAUGAUUCCUGGCAUCUAAAAUUAAAACUUCACCCACCAAAACUGCACACUUUCCAGAGGAAAAAAGCUAGUAUUUUGUAACCGCUAAGGGAUAAAUUUCAAAAGAUACAUAACAUUUUGAACAGAGCUGCUGUGCUUCAGGCAAAUAGAAUAGUUAUAGAGGGCAAGGAGAAAUGGUUGGCCUUUUCAUUCCUGUUCUUGGGAUUUGACAUCCUGCUGCUGCAUAGUUGCCAGAGGUCUUUAAUCUUAUUAUCCUGUUCCCCUCCUAAGCCUCUUUGUGUCCCCUGGAGGGAACUGAACAAUACUGCUACGGCACGGCUGAUUCCUCUGCUUCCGGCAGACGUACACACGUCAUACUCUGCUGCACACAACCUACCUCUGAUACUGAAUCUUUACAUUGAAUGAAAGAUCUCAACGCACUCUUACCCUCCCUCAUGUCUGAAUGCUUUCCCCAGAAGACCAAAGCUGCCUGUGUCUGUGUGUGGUGAUGACAUCAGAAACUACACCUGCUUCAACGGAGGCAACUGCACCGAACGAGAGCUGUCAUGUGACUGCCCACCAGGCUUCACUGGACACCGGUAAGAGAAAGCAAACAUGAACACCAUUAAAUAAAGACAAAAGUGAAGACAGACAUACAAAAAAAAAUCUAAACAAGCUCUGGCUCCUCUAACAGAAUAGAUCAGAAUUGAAAAGAUCAGAUUCAAAGAAAUUGAAAAAGAAUAGAACUAGUCAGAAUAGAAUAGACAGGUUUCUUGUGUAUAACGAAUAGUAGAUGCGCCCAACCAGGGGGCAAAAGCCUGCUUCAGGAUGAACUGAUAUCAAUGAAGAUGCCGUAUUGUUUGCAAGUUCUCACUGACACAAUUGCAUAAAAUAUCAUUUCAUUGAAAAAUCACUUUGUCCUUCAUUGCAUCAAAAUCAGAAAAACACUUUUUCAAACACACAUCAAAAUUAUUUUAGAUGUUACUAAUAUCAGGAGAAGUGUUGUAAUGUUUGCCGAUUGUUUGUUUUGCCGAUUAGUGCAGCUUCAGCACAACAGCUCCUUGUCAUUUUCUUUCUCCGUUGACUCCGGUUUCUGCCCCAAGGCUGCGCGCGCAUACCUGCGAUGAAGUUGCACAGAAACCCGUCUAUAGAAUAGAAAAAAACGGUGUAGAAGAGAACAGAAUUAAAUAGACCAGUAUAGAAUAAAAUAGGGGAAAACAGCCAUAACACAAGUACUGGUGAAUAGAUAUGCGUUCAAGUUACCUUGGAAGUGGGAUGUCGGAGACGGAAAUAACGUUACACCCGAGUUGACGGCGUUCCAAUUAACAAGUUGGAAAACCAAGAUGGACGCCUACUGUUAGCCGUUGUUUACAUUUGUCAGCUGUCGUUAGCCGUUGUCAGUUGUUGUUAGCCGUUGUUAGCUAUACUAGUUGUAAAGAACGCCUUACACAGUAUUUUACUCUUACAAACACCAAAGCACCGAUUUCACAGUUAGACGUUGGGUAGAACAACAUAUACCACUUAUUUCAUUCCACAAAAACAAAACAGAAGUGCGAAUAAAUAAUACAUUACGAGAGCUUUUACUGUUACUCUUCAUUGUUGAUGCACUGAGCUGCCAUCUUGGAAUAUGACGUUGUCGUCAAGUCGAAAUUGGUGAGGAUCGUCCGAGUUGGAAAUCCGACUUCAGGUCCAGAUGAACUUCCGACUCGGAGCUCGGAAAUCCCGACUUCCGGGUAUAACUGGCACGUAGCAGAGAGGAUAACUUGCGUAUUAAAGCUAAAAAGAAACUUGGUCUGAGGUCAUAUGGAGGUCACUUAUUGGUUGAGUUAAAUAUUUGAAUUUGACAAAUGAUCAAGUCAACAACUAAUUUCUGUAACAGAGUAGAUUCUAAGCAUAUAAAACCUUAAUUUUUUUUAUUUAAUCUGCAUUUAUGGCAGGUAUUAAACUCAGUCAAAAUGACCAUUUUAUUUUGAUUGCUUUUUUUAAAUAUUAAAGCUGUCACAAUGUAUUGGCAUUGUAGGUAACUGAUUUUAUGAAAAUAUGAAAUAUUGAUAUCAUGUUAAACUAAGCAAACUAUGAUACUGUGAUAAUUCUGAAAAGCUGAGGUGCAACCAUAAAUUAUAAAUUACAAUAAUACUCUGCUUCAACAUAAAAGUCUCUAACUUUGUGAUUCUGUGUCUGUAAAGGUGUGAACAGGAAAUUGACGAGUGCAAGUCCAACCCAUGUCUGAACGGAGGCUACUGCCGCAACCUCAUCAACAAGUUUGUGUGCGUGUGCGACAUGAGCUUCGCUGGAGACACCUGCCAGACGGACGUAAGCGACAUUUAUUUUUACGUGGCCGUGCUGCUGUGGCAGAACCUCUUCCAGCUGCUCUCCUACCUCAUCCUCAGGCUGGACGAUGAGCCCGAGAUAGAGUGGGGAGGCGACGACUGAAUGUGUGCUUGUAUGAGUGUGUUUGUUGUGCUUGCACUUGUUGUUGGGACUGUGAGACUUUGUGGUGACAGAGUGGGAUUUGCAAGUCUGUCAAUGCCUGUGUUUGGGUUCAUUAUGGGUUAUUAUAUCUCAUAGAAAACUAGGUGGUUACCUGCACAUUGUACCCGUGUCCAUGACAGUACACGCCCAUUUUAGGGUUCCCCCUAGUUUGAGACAGGUUAACAGGUCCAUUGAGCUGUUUCUGUGCCUUAAAAUGAUACUUGUAAAUAAGAAGCACCUUACUGAAAAAAGAUGUUUAUUUUAAAUAAGUAAAAUUUAUAUUUAGGUGGCAUUAGAGAAAGAUGCCAUAAUUUCUCUGGGCUUAGAGCAGAACAUUUAAAACGCUUGUGUUGAUUGAUAAAAUGUCCAAGAAUGCAGAGAAAUUCAGUUGAAAACUCCUCCACGUUUGAUGCAGUAAAGGUUAUUAUUAUAAAAAGUUCUUCAUGAUGUUUCUCACUGAAGGUAUCCUGUGUGAACCAGAUUUUGGAGCUCAGUUCAGAAAAACAUGAGAACUGUGUUGUUCUCCUAAAGGGGCUGGAAGAUGACAGGAUGUCUCACUUUUGUGCGUUCAGAGCAUCAUGCUCACUGACUGACUGCUGUGAGUGUGUGAUUGUGUGAGUGCGUGUGCGUGUGUGUGGUUUCGUGUCUGAAUGAGGCGGAGAUACUUAAAGUCAAAAUUCUCUGCGGCUCUGUUUGAGCACAACCUUCUAACAUGAACCUUGCUGCUGCGGUCAAACAAGUCAUGACUCUAAAUCAUUGCACUCCUCUUUUCCGGGUGGACAUGGCUGUGUUUCUCUGUCUUUUAGUCUAGCUCUGCUAUCACCAUGCAUGUACGACCAUAACUUUUUGUUUUCCUGUCUUUCCUUCAUCAUAUUCUGUCCUCAUGUCCUGUCUUGGUUUGAUUCCAUCUCUGUCUUUGUUGCUGUUAAAUAAAAAAUAACAAAUCUUAUCAGCCUUCGUCCGUUGUCUCUCCUGUUUUACAUCUUUUUACAUCUCUUCAUAAAUUUUCUCUUUCAUAAAUGCUCAUUUGUUGCUCACUCAAACUUCAGCUUAAUGCAGAUUUAAAAUUUUAAUAUUUUUCUUCUGUCCUCUCAUUUCUACUACUCUCGUCAGUGGGUUGUACCUGCAAGUUUCACAAGCUAACAGCUUUAUUUUAAUUACAUAUUUUUAUCUGUUUUCAUUUCAUGAAAUCGUGGGCAAACUGUCCCACUUUUAGGCCAAUUUGGAUCUAAAAUAUAGGAAAUAAUUUCAUUGGGUAACCAUCAACGCACAUCACACACGCUAGAUGCAAAAUAGCGAAAAUAGUGUCACAUCCAGGGACUCAUUUCAUGUUUGUUUUUUCAAAAUUUGAUCCCUGGUUUGACCUGAUUUGAAAGUGAUGUAAUAGUCCUACAUUCUUGUUUAUAAUUUAGGUAUUACUUUAAUACUCUCACUACUAACUUUAACACCUGUAUAGUCGUUGAAUCAGUACCUCUAUGUCUAUCAUAGUCCUCUGAUAUACUACACAAGUAUCUGUACUUAGACUUAGGUAAAGAUUGUGUGCACUUCUGCCACCUCUGUUUGUGCCCAAAGGAUCAGACAUGUUGAAGUCAGGUGGCUAACGUGACUCCAAACAUAGAGCUUUAAUCUCUCUUAACAGGAUGUUGUAUGAGUAGAUCCCAGAAUAGCUUGAAUUCAUAGACACACAUGUAGCCGCACACAUACAACACAGAAAAAACCCACAUCCUUGUGGUAUUUAGACAACUCAAGAGUUCAUGUUGAGCCAUAAGCACAAAGCAAGGGUCUUGAGAUUCUUAUUAGGAAGACUUGAACCAGACCACAGAGAGCCCUGACCUCAACCCCGGGCCUUUAACCUUUCAAUGUGAGGCUUGGCUAAAGCUCUUGUAGGUGAAUGGAAGAAAGUCUUAGUGUCAUUUGUGAAUAACCUUCCUGGAGGAGGGGAGGUUGUUGCAGCUGCAGAUUAACAACAGCUUGUGUAAAUAAUGGGCUAAGCCUUGUGAUGUCAGCCGCUGGUGUCCUCUGCCGUGUUGUUUAAGAAGUUACAUUACUUUAAAACAUUAUGAGGCCAGAAAUGAGAGACAGUGAAGCUAAUACUAAGAUAUCAAACAAUGAGUGCCCAUUGCUUAUUGGUGAGUUAGCUGGUUGGCAGAUUGAGUUUGUUGUUGUGACGGCUGCUGACAAAGGCUUUUGAUUUAUUGGAGGAAGAGGCUAACAGAAAUAGCGAACAGAAAUAGAUGUACCAGAUAAUAAAGGAAAAUGAUCAAUGUACAAAUUAUAAUAGAUAGAUGUCAAUUAAAUACUCUGGAUGCCCUUCCAGUGGAUUAAAUGUGAAUUAAAUGUUAUCUGGAUGCCAUGGGGACCAGCAGACCGCUAGAACCAUCCAUCCUGUAACUGAGAGUGGCCAUAGCGCCAUUGAACUUAGUCAAAUGGAUAGGUUAUAAACAAUUAAUACUGACAUGUAGUCGUCAUCAGUAAAGAAAACUAGGAAGGCCAAUACUCAUUUAAAACAGGCUGUAAAUAUAUGGUGAGAAUUUUACUGCAGUGCCUGUUGGGGUUGACUCUCAUUUGGAGCCAGCUCCGAGUGGCCACUUGAGGAAUUGCAGUUUUUGGCACUUUUUUUUAAAAUCUUCAUUUAAAUUGAUUUAAUGCUUAGAUAUCCAUUCACAGUAAACUGUGUGGUCAACAUGCACCUGCACUCCUCUUUCUAACACCGACCCUCUCUCUCUUGCAUUGCAUAUUUUCUUGACUGUUUGUGCGUCUGUGUCUGUAAGUGCGUGUCCUCAGCCAGCUCAGGUAUUUCUAAUGGUGAGGAGAGGGUUGGAGGAAAUGGGAAUCAGUUUUUCAGUGUCGGCACUGAUGUGACCAUCCUUUGAGAGCAAGACAAGCGGAGCAGAGGCGGAGGAGGAAAUGUGCUUUGCCAGCAAAAAAAGCAGCAUCUGGUGCUGAAGUGCAGUUUCAGCAGAGAGCUGGUGGCAUUCACAGAAGUUCGGUGUGCUUCACAGAAACAUAUGAGGGCAGCUUAUCUGGCGCACACACACACACACACACGCACGCACACGCACACGCACACACACACACACACACACACAUAUAUAUUCACACAGAGCAGGUUGAUAGUGCUGACAGCAAGGAAGCAUCACUGCCGUCUCGCUCUUUCUAUGUGCAGAGGCUUCAGGGUGGCCCUGCUGCGUACCUCAGAGACUGGUUAGUUAGACAUCUCUGUGACUGUGUGACUGUGUCUGAGUGUGUGUGUGAGUGUGGGUGACUGAUGGCGGGUCCUGGCUGCAGGCUGCUCCGGCUCACUUGUGUCACACUCGCUCUGACAGCCGAGUGUGCUGCAGUGACAGGUAAGCACUUUCUAGGAGUCAACAAAGAAGCUGCAGCGAGGGAGGAAAGAAAGUGUUAUGUCGAGUUAUUUUUGCCUGGGGAUACGGAUGGUUGUAUUUUUAUUAGAAUUAUGUUUCCAUGUUGAUUGCUCGGUGUAAAGUUUGCUGACUUCUAAGUCUUGUGUAACCUGACAAGUUGAGCUUUAGGUAUGGAGAUGUGCGUCAGCCAAAAUUUCCGCUCUAACAGUGUGCUGUUGGUAACCUUGUGGCAGCCAGUCAGAGUGUCACCACUAUCACACCGAGCACAACUCCUGAUGUAAGUCCAUCUGCUGCUCUGUCAUCUGCUGCUGGUUAAUGAAUGUUAACAAUCAUUCUCCUGCUGCUGCUCUGGAAGCUCUGAUUCGUGUUCAUUCUCUGGGUUUGACAUGUGAGGUCAGGAAUCAGUGUGUUUGCAUGCAGGGGGAUUUCUGAUGGUGAAGCUGUGUGUGUGUGAGAGAGACAGAGAGAGAGUAGAAGUGUGAGAAGAGGAUGAGAACAAAUGUGAUUUCACUUAAAGGUACAGUGCGUAGAAAAGGUCAUAUUUAGCAAUAUCUCAGGUUGAAGCUCUCCCUUGCUCACCCCUCCAUCGGUGAAGCAAUGGUGGUCUUUAAGGACAAGACGUUCCUGUGAUUCUUCAUUUGUCAAAAUUUCGCCUUCAUAAAUGAAUAAAACAAAAAACACGAAUAUAACAAAUUUGUCUGUUCUCUGCUGCCGUACAAACUUGGCAGCUGCCAUUUUUAGAUAUGAAAGACUUAUUUUAAGUUGACAAAAACAAAAUGUUUUUAUAUUUACAUGAUGAUACGCUAAUUCAAACAAAUAUCCAUUUUCAUUUCUACAAGUUUUUUCUUUUAAAUUCUGCUUAAUUUUACACACUGCACCUUUAAGCAAGAUUUAAAGAUGGACAGGAUGCUGUUGUCCUGAUUGUUAGUAUAAUUCAGUGACAGAUGAUACUCACAGUGUGGUGAUUUUCAAAAUAAAAGCAUGACAUCCAGUGUGAUAUUACAUUUAUUCUAAAAAAAAGUGGAUUAAUACCCGUUGUAAAAAGUUCCUGUUCCAUCGUACUCUUUGUCAGCACUUGUGGGACGCCUCUUGUGCCAUGAAGUUAUUUAGUCAGAACUUACUGUUGUAUCGAAAUCCUAAAAAAGACUUAAGAUGCUUUUAUCUAAAGCAGCUUCUACCAAGUGUUUGAGUGUGUGUGUGCAUGUGUUAGCUUGUUUUGGUGUCUUUCUGGUGGUGUUUGUGCUAACAGGAUCAUCAGGCAGCCAUGUGUGUGUGUGUGUGUGUGUAUGAUCCUCCACAGACCGAGCGUGCUCCAUACAGCUCGCGAGUUGCGGCAGUGCUGGCACCAUGUCUGGUUGCCUUGGCGAUAGUGGUGAUGCUUGGGCUCACAUUGGCUGCAGCCAAACUGCGAGAGAGGCGGCAGACGGAGGGAGGUUUGAGUCCCCAGCAACUCCAGGCUCCUGGUGGUCGCACUCCACCUGCUGAGCUGGGAAACACAUCCAUCAGCACUCUGGCAGCACGCGUGGAGCGGCUGGUGUAGUGAAGAGAGGAAAGGAGAAGCGUGUGUGAGAGUCAGAAAUGAAAAGCAAGACCAGACCUGCGGCUGAGCUUCUUUACUCACAAUAAUCUUCUGCAAACUUUUUCAUUUUCUCUUCCCUUCAGUUGACCUCGGAGGGUUUGUCCUCUGACCUCUUGCUGUCUAUCAGUCUGGCGUCUGUGGUCCUGCUGCUGGUGCUCAUCUUCACUUCUGUCGGCCUGGUGAUGACACUCAACCGCCGUGCCACCCACGGCACCUACAGCCCGAGCCGGCAGGAGAAGGAGGGCUCACGAGUAGAGAUGUGGAGCAUCAUCCAGCCGCCACCUAUUGAGAGACUCAUAUGAGACACAGUCAGGGACUGAUCAGUGGUUCAUGUAUUAAUGAUGGGCUGGUGCUAGAAAUACACUGGAUUUUAAAAUGAGUCAAACCGGACAAAUUCCCCCAAAGUGCCGUUGUUUUUAUUUGCACUUGUCUUUCUUCAUUUGCUUGAGCAAGUGUGAGAUCCUGACACGCUGUUAUUGCCUAUUUUUUUAUCCCAAUGAUUUGCACCUUAUUUCAGCGCCCAGCAGCACACUCAUCACAAUGAAGAGAUAUCUGGUCAGGAUAAUUAAUAUGUAUCUAUGUUUUUUUCUCUCUUUUUUGGCCUGAUUCAUAUUAUAAGGAUUGGUGGACCAGUGAGCACUUUAACAGAAUCUCUGAAAAACUGAAGAAAUUGUGUAAAAUUCUUGUCUGUAAACAAUCUAGAGGUGUCAGAACUUUCCUCAAACUUUGAAGAACGAGACUGUCACUCAUCUUUUUCUUAUUAUUCACAGGUCCAACCAAGGACUUCCUGAAAGUGUCUUAAUUCAUCCCUACACCACUGAUUCUGUCUGGACUGUUUCUAUAAUGGGUCACAAUAACAGUAUUUUAUUGUUAAAGAGGCUCAGUGAUUUCCUCUCACAGCUAAACACUGUAAUUCUUCAUCAAAAGUGACCCAAACAGGGUCGAUUAAUGCCUCUGUUUGGGACUAUUUUUAGAGGUGGAUUAACACAAAUCUGGUGCUUAAAAAAGUUUUUUUUUAUAGUGUUGAACAACAUCAGAGCUCUUUAAUUAGACUUCAGCUGCACAGAAAAUUAACAUUUUUUUUGUUUGGAGGGGAUUUGGUUAAGUGGAAUGGAAAAAACAAUCAAUCCAUGUUUAUCUGUGACACGAACAUUCCAAGUAGUUCUCUGUGUUGCAUCAAAAGUUGAUUAUUUUUGUAUUUCUACAGAUGUUUCAAAUACUAGACCUUCAGAAUUAGGAUUAGCGCUAUAAGGGUAGGGAAAUAAAUUUAGAACAGCUUUAGGAGAAGUCUUCCUAGUUUAGAACAGUUUCUUUUAGGGUAAGUUGUGUGUAGUAAGAAAAGCUAAGCCUGUCUAAACUGCUGUGUAUGUCGUGUGUAAACUCAUUUGUAUUUCAACCUUGAAUUGUUGGCACUUGGACAAAGAAAAUGUCGAUUAAUUUAAGAAAAUGUAUUCAGGGUUUCUGUAAUAAAGGAGUAGCCUGUUCACGUUUUUGCCAAAUCUGUUAGCAAGUCCAUUGAUAUUCAUACGCAGAGACAUUGUCCAGUUCAAUAAAACAGUGUUCUGUCA